AUGUUAUAUAAAGUCUUUCGGAUUAUACUAAUUUUCUUAUCAUUGGCAGUUACUUUAUUGUCGAUAUUUGCCGUGAUCGGAUCAUAUGCCAAUAAACCAUAUUUAACCGAUGCGUAUAUAAUCAAGUUUCAAUUAACUAAUUUUAAUUUGAAACAAGUAAUAAACGUUAAUCAAUUUGCUAAGCGAGAGGACUGGACUGCAACAACCACACCAUCAGGUCAAUGGGUGUAUCCGACCCCUAUGCCUACUCCAACUCCAGUGCCUGGUGUGACUACUCCUAAUGGUUACUACACUUCUGUGCCUGCGGCCAUUGGUGAUUUACUUACAAGAUUGACUCCAGCAGAAUUGGGUAUUGCUGAUAUUUAUUCCAUUGGUUUCUGGGGUUAUUGUCGUGGUGCCUUGGUCGCUCCUCCUGCUAGAUAUUCCAGCAAUGGUGCUCUUAUCCAACAGAAUCCAAUAGUUAAUUUCACUUGGUGUUCUGAUCCAAGACCGGGUUUUUUCUUUGAUCCCGUGAAAGUAUUAAAGCAAGAAAUGAACAGAGCUUUAGAUGGGCAGAUUGUUGAUAGUGAAUCGGCCGUACUCACGCAAUUAUCCACAGAAUCCAAGAGUGAGAUCAAAGUUCUUAUUGAUAACAUUUCCUUAGAUUACUUCAACUUACCAGGCGAUUUAACAGCCGAUCUCGGCCAUUUUGAAAAAUUAACACAAGCAGCAUUUGGGUUAAUUGUUUCUGUCAUAGUGUUUGCAUUUGUUGAAACAAUUUUACUUAUACUAGGAUACUUUUUCAGUCCAAACAAAUGUAUUUUAUCAUUUUUGAAUUUCUUAUUUGAAUUGAUCAUUGCUGUGUUGUUAUUUUCCGGAACCACCAUACUAACGGGUAUUUACAUGAGAGUAAGAAAAGUCACCAAUGCAUACAUAGACACUUUUGGAAUCAAAGCCACAUUAUCUAUAAAUAUGUACGCAUUUUUGUGGAGUGGGGUAGUUGCUGCUGUGCUUUUAGUGUUGUUUAAUUUCUUGGGCCACUGUGUGGGAUUAUUUGGCUCUGGUCGCAGACAUUAUAGACUGGUUGGCAACCCUGAAGCUGCCUAUGAGCACAACGAGGAACCAAAGGAAGAAGCCAAGGAAGAAACCAAGGAAGAAAAGAAGGAAUCUAAGGAGGAAACUGACAGUGACAGUGACUAG